AUGCCCUACGACCCAAAAUUAGAAAUUGUUGUCACUUGUGAUAGCUCGAGUUACGGAGUUGGCUGCGUCAUAGCUCAUCAAUUACGAGACGGAUCUGAACGCCCAAUAGCGUUUGCAAGUCGAACACUGACUAAGUGUGAAACCAAGUAUAGUCAGAUCGAAAAGGAGGCAUUGGCCCUUCUGUUUGCCAUAAAAAAGUUUCACAAUUUCUUGUAUGGGCGGAGAUUUACCUUGGUCACAGACCAUCGCUCGUUAAUAUUUUUACUCGGACCGACCAAAGCAGUCCCCACAUUGGCUGCCGCUCGAAUUCAACGAUGGGCCCUUACAUUAUCUGCUUAUGACUACACUAUCAGAUACAAAAAAGGAUCCGACAUUUCAAAUGCAGACGCCUUAUCUCGCCUUCCCUGCAAGAACACGGAAGAAGAUGAAGGAGACAUAAAUUUCUUUUCGACCACACAAUUACCUAUCACCUACAAAGAAAUAGGAUUAGCAACGAAAUUCGAUCCAAUUUUGUCUAAAGUCAUGGAAUUCACCACCAACGGGUGGCCCAGCCACGUCGAUGAUGCAGCUUUAAAAAACUACACGGACAAGACAAUGCAACUUUCUACGGAGAAGAACUGCCUUUUAUGGGGGAGCAGGGUGAUCAUUCCACCUACACAUAGGAAGGAAAUCCUAAUCUUACUUCAUUCAGAACACCCGGGGGAAUCCAAAAUGAAAGCUUUAGCCCGUAGCUACGUCUGGUGGCCGAAGAUAGAUCAGGAGAUAGAAGAAAUGGUCAAGGAAUGCAAAAUUUGUCAGAUGACUAGAAAAUCAGCUACACUGGCUCCGCUCCAACCUUGGUCCUGGCCAAAGCAUAACUGGCAAAUAAUCCAUCUUGAUUUUGCUCAUUAUGAAAACAAAGAAUUUCUCAUCAUUGUUGAUAGUUUCUCGAAGUGGAUAGAAGUGUUUUCAAUGUCAACUACUACCUCAACUAAGACCAUUGAAAAAUUACGCCAUUGUUUUGCGGCAUAUGGUCUACCUUGCACAGUGGUUACAGACGGAGGUCCCCAAUUCACCUCUAGCGAGUUCAAGGAAUUUUUGAAAUCUAAUGGAAUUCAUCACAUAUUUUAA